AUGCGGCCUGCCCGGAUUGCGCUCUGGUUACGACUGACCUUGGCCCUGGGCCUGGCACUCGUUGGCCCCAUGGCUGUGGGGUGGGCCUCGGCCCGGGUCCCCAUCUAUGUCAGCAGCUGGGCUGUGCGGGUGUCCCAGGGUUACCAGGAGGUCGAGCGCCUGGCGCGCAAAUUCGGCUUCGUCAACCUGGGGCAGAUCUUCCCUGACGGGCAGUAUUUCCAUCUGCGGCACCGGGGCGUGAUCCAGCAGUCCCUAACUCCGCACUGGGGCCACUGCCUGCGCCUGAAGAAAGACCCCAAGGUGCAGUGGUUCCAGCAGCAGACGCUGCGGCGGCGGGUGAAACGCUCCCUGGUGGUGCCCACGGACCCCUGGUUCUCCAAGCAGUGGUACAUGAACAACAAGGUGCAGCCGGACCUGAACAUCCUGCAGGUGUGGAGCCAGGGACUGUCCGGCCAGGGCAUCGUGGUCUCUGUCCUGGAUGACGGCAUCGAGAAGGACCACCCAGACCUCUGGGCCAACUACGACCCCCUGGCCAGCUAUGACUUCAACGACUACGACCCAGACCCGCAGCCGAGAUACACACCCAGUGACGAGAACCGGCACGGAACCCGCUGUGCUGGGGAAGUGGCAGCGAUAGCAAACAACAGGCUCUGUGGCACUGGCGUCGCCUACAACGCCCGUAUCGGAGGGGUGCGCAUGCUGGACGGGACCAUCACGGACGUCAUCGAGGCCCAGUCGCUGAGCCUGCAGCCGCAGCACAUCCACAUCUACAGCGCCAGCUGGGGCCCUGAGGACGAUGGCCGCACGGUGGACGGCCCGGGCAUCCUCACCCGAGAGGCCUUUAGGCGCGGCGUGACCAAGGGCCGCGGUGGGCUGGGCACCCUCUUCAUCUGGGCCUCAGGCAACGGUGGCCUGCACUAUGACAACUGCAACUGUGACGGCUACACCAACAGCAUCCACACGCUCUCCGUGGGCAGCACCACCCAGCAGGGCCACGUGCCCUGGUACAGUGAGGCUUGCGCCUCCACACUCACCACUACCUUCAGCAGCGGCGUGGCCACAGACCCCCAAAUUGUCACCACAGACCUGCACCACCGGUGCACGGACAAGCACACAGGCACCUCGGCCUCUGCGCCGCUGGCCGCGGGCAUGAUCGCCCUGGCUCUGGAGGCCAACCCGUUCUUGACGUGGAGGGACAUGCAGCAUCUGGUGGUUCGUGCGUCCAGGCCGGCUCAUCUCCAGGCUGAGGACUGGAGGACCAACGGUGUGGGACGCCAAGUGAGCCACCACUACGGCUACGGGCUGCUGGAUGCCGGGCUUCUGGUGGGCCUGGCCCGGACGUGGCUGCCCACGCAACCCCAAAAGAAAUGCACCGUCCACAUUGUUCACACUCCCACCAGGCCAGCAGGAGUGGCCUUCAGUAUUGACACGGACACCGACCCCGACACCGACACUGAAGUUGCGGCCCCCAGCCCCAUCCUGCAGCAGAUGCAUGUGAGGAAGAACGUGUCGGCCUGCGCCGGCCAGGCCAACUACAUCCGCUCACUGGAGCACGUGCAGGUGCAGCUGUCCCUGUCCUACAGCCGCCGUGGGGACCUGGAAAUCUCACUCACCAGCCCCAUGGGCACCCGCUCUACGCUCGUGGCCAUCAGACCCUUGGAUGCCAGCGGCCAAGGCUACAACAGCUGGAUCUUCAUGUCCACCCACUUCUGGGAUGAGGACCCACGGGGCUCGUGGACCCUGGGCCUGGAGAACAAGGGCUACUACUUCAACACAGGGACGCUGUACCGCUACACUCUGCUCCUCUACGGGACGGCCGAGGAUAUGACGGCACGGCCCCCAGGCCCCCAGGUGACCAGCAGCGCGUGUGUGCAGCGGGACACGGAGGGGCUGUGCCAGGAAUGCCACAGCCCUGCCUACAUCCUGGGCCACCUCUGCCUCUCCCACUGCCCGCCGAGGUACUUCAACCACACGCAGCAGGCGGUGACUGCUGGGCCUGGAGGCCUGGACGCCCCUGCCCUGCAGAUGUGCUCCAGCUGCCACUCGUCCUGCUACACCUGCCGCGGCAGCUCCCCGCUGGACUGUACCUCCUGCCCGCCGCCAUCCACGCUGGAUGAGCAGCGGGGCUCCUGCUCCGGACCUGCCCCCACCAAGGGCCACUCCCAGCCCACCGUGACUGCCUGCGCCCGCUGCCAUGGGCGAGCCCUGGCCCUGGUGCUGGCCCUGCUGGCCGUGGCCUUCGGGAACUCCCUCCUCUGCAGCAUCCUUCUCGCGGGCUGCCUGCUGCUGUGUGUCGGACCUGCCAGCAGUGGGGACCACCCCGGUCACCACUCCAGGCCCCACUGCAGGCUGAAACCCAGAGAUGUCUGACUAGGAGAGCCAGCGUGCGCCUCAGCCCAGCCCUGGUGGGCACCACUGUCCUGCUGCCCGGACCGGCACCCUGUGGGAACCUGUCCCUGAAAGGCCCUGGCUGCCACUGAGGCCCACAGGCCAGAGGCAGGGGUGUGGGGUCGGGCUCAGCAGGUCCAGGUGGAAGGGAAAAAGAGAGCCAGAAGUCUAGUUGCACCGUUCAGGUGGGGUGGGGGUGAGAUAGGCCAGAGGCAGGUGGGCGACCACCCUCCCUUCCUCCCUGGUCCCAGAAUGGGGAAAGGUGGGGAGAACACACGACAACAUCCAGAGUCUCAGGCACCGCGUCCCACUGGAGUUGGCAAAUAAAGGUUGAAUAGGAA